AUGGCGCCGAAGCGUAAGGGAUCCACAGCACCAAGUGCGCGCCCGUCGAAGAGAGUCGCAUCAGGCGUCAACACCCCGCAGAGCAUGAGCGACGAUGACUACGACUCGGAGGGCGAUGUCAGCGACGAGAUGAUGAGCGAGGGAGACAAGAAGGCGCCGAAGAAGUACGACACGGUAGUCAAGAAAUUCCAACCACAGUCCUACGUUGCCCACUCAGGCCCCGAUGCCGCCAGUACACUCUUCAAGCCCGGUCGCGACUUCUCCACAGAGCAGCUCAAGCCUGACCACCACAUGCGUCCGCUAUGGAUCGACCCAGCCAACGGUCGAGUCGUCCUCGAGACCUUUGCGCCUCUGUUCAAGCGCGCACAGGACUUCCUCAUCAAUAUCGCAGAGCCACAGAGCCGGACGACGAAUAUGCACGAGUACACGAUUAACCCUCACAGCUUGUUCGCUGCCGUGUCCGUAGGACUGACGGAACAGGACAUUAUCCAAGAGCUUGACACCUUUUCCAAGACUACCAUUCCAGAGAACAUCAUCAAGUUUGUGAGCGAAGUGACUCAGUCUUUCGGUAAGAUACGGCUUGUCUUGAAGCACAACAAGUACUUCGUUGAAAGCAGCGAUCCUUCGGUGCUGCAAAUGCUGUUAAGAGACCCAGAGAUCGCCCGAUGUCGGGUGGAAGAUACGGAUGAAUUACAGACCGACAAAGCUGCCAAACGUGGCAAUAUGCUCAUCCAGGGCACUGCCGAGGCUGCACGCAUGAAGGAAGCGGAGGCACAAGAGCAGGCGAGAUUGGCACAAAAGCGAGAGGAAGACGAUGACGAGUCUGACGAUGAGUUCGGCGGGCGCGAGGCGGACAAAGACAUGGCCGCCUAUUUACGAGAAGAGGAAGAGGAAGAAGACGAUGUCGACGUUGUACACUCUUUCGAGGUUCGAGGUGACAUGAUCCAGAAAGUGCAAGAACAUUGCAACGUCACCCUUGGACUACCACUCACCGAGGAGUACGACUUCCACGCCGACGAACGCAACGCCAAACUUGACAUCAAGCUUCGGCCUGUCGUGCAGAUCCGAUACUACCAGGAACAGGCGCUGGCUAAGAUGUUUGGUAACGGCCGUGCUCGUAGCGGAAUCAUUGUUCUGCCAUGUGGUGCGGGCAAGACGCUCGUCGGUAUCACUGCGGCAUGCACAAUCGCCAAGAGUGCCAUCGUACUAUGUACCAGUGCCAUGAGUGCUGUGCAGUGGAAGGAAGAGUUCAAAAAGUGGUCCAACAUUGACCCAGAUGACAUCGCCAUCUUCACAUCAGGCGAGAAGCAACAGCUGCAUCACAAAGCGGGAGUCAUCAUCUGCACUUAUAGUAUGGUGACGCAGAACGCGCGGCGUGCGCACGACAGCGCCAAAGUCAUGGACUUCAUCACCUCUCGGGAGUGGGGCCUCAUGAUUCUGGACGAGGUGCAUGUCGUGCCAGCGGAUAUGUUUCGACGAGUCACCGAACGCAUCAAGACACAUUCGAAACUGGGUCUGACAGCCACUCUGCUGCGAGAAGAUGACAAGAUCAAGGAUUUGAACUUCCUCAUCGGACCCAAGCUUUACGAGGCCAACUGGUUACAACUCAGCGAGGAAGGCCAUAUUGCUCGGGUUCAAUGCGCUGAAGUGUGGUGUCCCAUGACGACGGAGUUCUACAAGGCUUACUUGGAGGCCAAGACGACCAACAAGCGUAGCUUGCUAUCAACCAUGAAUCCGCGAAAGUAUCAGGCUUGCCAGUACCUGAUCGACUAUCACGAGAGACGAGGCGACAAGAUCAUAGUAUUCUCCGACAACGUCUACGCGCUGAAAAGAUACGCCGAAGGCCUUACAAAGCCAUACAUCUUCGGCGACACCAGUCAGCGCGAGCGCGAACUCGUCCUCCAAAACUUCCAACAGAACGAUGCUGUCUCCACUAUCUUCCUCUCUAAGAUUGGCGACACGUCACUCGACCUACCAGAAGCUACCUGCCUCAUCCAAGUCUCGUCCCACUAUGGUUCUCGACGACAAGAAGCGCAACGGCUCGGUCGCAUCCUCCGAGCCAAGCGUCGUAACGACGAAGGCUUCAAUGCAUUCUUCUACAGUCUCGUCAGCAAAGACACCAACGAGAUGUACUACUCAUCCAAGCGGCAGGCAUUCCUUGUCGACCAAGGCUAUGCAUUCAAGGUCAUCACACAUUUCAAAGGUCUGGCAGAAAUGCCGGGCCUCCAUUACAACAAUCAACACGAUCGCAUGGACUUACUCCAGGAUGUUCUACUCCAGUCUGAUACUGCCGGCGAUGCCGAAGACAUCACAGACAGUCUUUGGAACGACAAGAAUGUAUCAAAGUCCAAGAAGAAGGGGUCUGGCGUCAGACGGCAGGCAGGGACAUUGUCUAACCUUGCUGGUGGCGACAGUAUGGCGUACAUCGAAGGCAAGAAGGGCGCAGCGAACAAGGCUCUGGCCAAGCCGCGCAGCUCGUUCUUCAAGAAGGAAGACCGACUGAAGGAGAAGAAGAAGAAGCAGGCUCAAGGAUUAUUGGAUUAG